AUGCAUGAAGCAGAUACAAAAUAUUCAUGGAAUUUAAAUUAUAGUUCGAUCGCAGUUAUGUGGCGUGCUAAUGCUAUUCACGAAUGUCAACAUGGUUGGCGAAAAAUUAUAACAACAGCCACAAAAUAUGGUGUACCAAUACCUGGCCUUAGUACUGCUUUGAAUUUUUAUGAUGAAUAUCAUGCAAAAGGUUUACCAGCGAAUAUUAUACAGGCUCAACUUAAGCUUUUUGGUAAACAUAAAUAUAAAUUACUUGGUAGUCAUGUUGAGCACACUGGUACAGAUUGGACUGAUUAUGGUUCAAAUGUUACGGCAUCAACAUAA